AUGACUCAAGCAGAAAAGGAUCGGGGUCUAGGUUCUGUUUUCAAACGUGAUGACCAAAGGCUUAAUCAGCUGAGGGAAAAAGAUGCACGAGAGAGAGAUCCAAAUUUUAUUUCGGAAAGUUACUCAGAGUGUUAUCCUGGUUACCAGGAGUAUAAUAAUGAGAUUGCAGAGAGUGAUGAUGAAGAUGAUUUAUCAAAGAUGGAUAUGGGUGGACGGGCUAAGGGCCGCCUUCACAGGUGGGAUUUUGAGACGGAAGAGGAGUGGGCGAAGUACAACGAUCAGAAAGAAGCCAUGCCAAAGGCUGCCUUCCAGUUUGGGGUGAAGAUGCAGGACGGCAGGAAGACGAGGAAGCAGAACAAGGACCAAAAGCUCACCAAUGUCCUCCACAAGAUAAACAAGAUCCUGGCUCGAAAGAAGGGUGACAAAGACGGGGCGGAUGAUGGCGGUCAUUACGAUGAUGAUUUGCCUAGCACAAAGAAACAAUGUGGCUGA